AAGCGUGGUUUGGUUGUGGGUGACGUGGGGUUGAGCCCUGAAAAUUGUGGAGACUCUCCAUGGCCUCAGCCUCCAAACACAACUCCCAGGAAAAAUCUGGAAUGGGUGGUGGUGAUGUCCACAGUCAGCAGAUUACUACCAGGUGUGAGACAGGGCACAGGAUUCAACUGUGGCCUGGGCAAAUCACUGACCUUCUCUGGCCUUCCCAGGGACGACUGCGAGACCUACUCCGGGAAGCCGAAGGAUCGAGUGUAUCUACUUUCUACUUAUCAGGACUGGAGCAAUGAGCAGGAUCAGUCCAUUGCUUUUGACUGCCGCUGCUCCGUGACCUGCUUCCGGAAGCACAAAGAGCAGUGCAACCCCGAAACUCGUCCUGCUGAGAAAAAAAUAAGGUCCGCUGUUACGGCAAAAACUGUCAAGCCCACAGAAAACAAAGAUGACGACGAAUCUGUAGCUGACUUUCUCAAUAGUGAUGAGGAAGAGGACAGAGUGUCUUUGCAGAAUUUAAAGAAUUUAGGUGAGUCUGCAGCACUGAGAAGCCUUCUGCUCAACCCGCACCUUCGACAGCUGAUGGUCAGCCUCGAUCAGGGCGACAAUAAGGCGAAGCUCAUGCGAGCCUGCAUGCAGGAGCCCUUGUUUGUGGAGUUUGCGGACUGCUGUUUACGGAUCGUGGAGCCAUCCCGGGAGGAGGAUUCGUGAGCUUAACUCCCGAGCUGCUUGCUGGCAUGUGCACGUGCGUUCACCCUGCCUGCUGCCCCCAGAAGAGCUAGCAUGGAGCCCUCGGCCACGGUGCUGACUUCCAGGCCGGCUGCACAAGCUCUUUGUCUCCGGCACUGUGGGCGUGGGUUUCAGACAAGAGGAGGAUACUCAAGGUGACAAACCCUUGAUGGAGGGAGAACUGGACACUCAGAUGGUGGUGUUUAAAUAUUUUAAUUUUGGUACAGUUUAGAGACAUCACAUGAUUGGUCAGGUUUCAUACCCAUUUGAGUUAAAACUUGCUCACUGUUGUUAAAUAAAAUCAGGACAUGGUAAUUCUAUGGUAAA